UCAUCCUGCUUUGCUGACCACACUUGCCGUCUCCCACAGGUGCUCCACAGGGGGCGCUGGAGGCGUAGCGAUGGACCGCUGAACAUGAACCACUACGCCAAUAAGAAGAGCGCGGCGGAGAGCAUGCUGGACGUGGCCUUGCUGAUGGCCAACGCCUCUCAGCUGAAGGCUGUGCUGGAGCAGGGCCCAGACUUCGUCUUCUACUACCCACUCGUGGUGCUUGUCAGCAUCUCACUGGGCCUGCAGAUCAUCGUGGGCAUCCUACUCAUCUUCAUCGUGAAAUGGGACCUGAAUGAUGUGAGCAAGCACUUCAGGCUGAACGUGCUGGAGAACAUCGCCACGGCCCUGGUCUUCAUCAUCGUGGUGGUCAAUGUCUUCAUCACAGCGUUUGGAGUGCAGCGGCCCGGCAGCAGCUCCUGAGCGUCAGGCCACAGCGGGACACCCUCAGAAGGCACAGGUGCAGCAUCUGCCGUUUAUACCUGCUUUUCACCUGGACGUCUAGCAUGCAGUUCUGAAACUCGCUGUCUACAGGAAUCUCAGGCUUUCUGCAUCGCUGUAUGGCCCCCUGCCCCCCAUGCGGGGAUGUCUCAGCGUCAACAUUUCACAUAGGGAGUAGGACCUUUGCAAUGGCGGUGGAGCCCACAACCUCUUAUAUGGUCCUUGGCUGAUGGUUAAUAUCUUAUAAAUAUUUUAGAGAUACAAAAUGCCUUUUUUUUUUUUUUUUAAUUAAUAUGAAAUUAUUGAUGCAGUGACGCAGUGGUUAGCACUGUUGCCUCACACCACUGGGACCAUGCUUUUACGUCUCCGCCUCCGUCUGCAUUUUCUCUCCGUGUCGUCGUGGGGUUUCCUCUGGAUACCCCGUUUCCCCCCCACAGUCCAAAAACAUACCGAAGCUAACUGGGGUUACCAGAUUGCCCACGUGUGUGAGUGACUGGCGUGUGAGUGACUGGCGUGUGAGUGAC